AUGGCCCCUUCACGUCUCGCCCGUCUCCCUAGGUGGAUCAGCCAUUGGCUAGGCUAUCGCGCAGAACCCGUGAAGCCACUCAACACAUAUCUCGUCGCCAUAUGGUCUUUCGUGAUUGCGUUCUGCGGUCUAUCUGUCGUCCAGGCAAUCUUCAAUUACUCCCAUUACUUCAAUGAACGUAACGUCCCGGGUAUCAUCGCUUCAUAUGGUGCAUCGGCAGUCCUAGUCUUCGGUGCAAUCGAAAGUCCCCUAGCCCAACCACGCGCCCUAGUCUUUGGCCACUUCUUCAGCGCCCUAACAGGGGUCUGCGUCACAAAACUAUUCAGCCUAAUGCCCGACCAGGGGCGUUUUGAGUCCCUCCGCUGGCUAGCGGCUUCGCUUUCGACUGCUAUUGCUAUUGUUGUUAUGCAGUUGACGGGCACUACCCAUCCGCCUGCUGGUGCGACUGCACUGCUGCCGGCUACUAAUGAUGAGAUCUGGCAUCUCUCUUGGUAUUUCCUGCCGAUUGUGUUGUUGUCUUCUGCGCUGUUGUUGGUUUGCGCGCUGCUUUUGAAUAAUAUUCAGCGGAGGUAUCCUGUCUUUUGGAUUGCGCCGCAGCCACCGGCGGCGCCGGUAGAGCCGGUUAAACCUGCUGUGCCCGCUGAGGUUGAUUCUUUGGAUGAGGAGAAGUCGGAGAAGAGUGCUGUUUGA